CAAUGCAAGAAACUGAGCAAUCCGAAAAAGAUAUGAUAGGUUCUCUCUUAGACGGUAAUACAUUUCUUAUUUGAUUAGAGGAUGAGUCAGAAUGUUCAGAAUUCAGAUCUUCUAUCACUAAAUCCCAACAACAUUCUCAAUCUGUAAAUAUUCUCUUUAUUAAAUCAUCUAGCCUAUUAAAAGCUUCAAAGAUGUCAAAGAUACUCCACUCGUUCUUGAAGAUGCAGGGUAUAAUUAUUAAUAUUAAAAAAGUUAAUAAGAAUUUCCUUCUAAUGAUCCAAACAACUUUUAUUUUACUGUCUAACCAGCUUUCAUUCAAUAAAGAUAACAUUCAAUGAGUCAUGAAUUCCAUCAAUACAUUGUCUCUCAACCUCCAAUCUAUUAUCCUUAUUAAGAUGGAUAUUUCUCAUAAAAACGAACUAAAAGAUUAUAAUCUUCCACAGAUUCAGAACAAACAAUUGUAAUUAUAAUAUUGUUAUUUUAGGCAUAACAAUGCUAAGAUUAAUAUGCAUCAUUAAUUAUUCAAUAGUCCUUUAUAUAAGGAAAUGAUUUUUAGAGAGAUAAAAUAUUUAAAGCAUUGAUUGAUGAUUUACCACUUCUCUCUAAACAUAAAUUUGGAAAUUAUGUCAUAUAGAAAAUUAUAGAAAACAGCAAUCAGAAUAUAAGAAAUCUUAUAUUUGAAUAGCUUCAUCCUUAUAUUAUAGAAAUGUGUUAUGAUAAAUUUGGAUGUCGAGUUAUUUAAAAAUUAUUAGAGUUCAUUUAAAAUCAUCAAAAAAUACAAUUAAUCUAAUCAAUCAAAAGUCAAGUAUUAAAUCUCAUAUUCGAUUAAUGUGGAAAUCAUGUCAUCCAAAAAAUAAUAGAUUUGGUAUCUGAUGCAGAGUUUAUAAUUGAUAUUGUUACAAAUAAUGUUGAUCAUAUAGUAUCUCAUCCCUAUGGAUGUAGAAUUGCAUAAAAAUGUUUAGAGAUAUUUCCCAAUCAAAAAUUACAACAACUUUAUAUAUCACUUAUACCUUUGUGUGAGAAAUUAUAAUUUUGUUAAUAUGGAAAUUAUAUUGUACAACAUAUGAUCACUUAAGGACCACCAAAAGGAUUUGAAGUAAUUGGUAAAUUCGUCAAAGCUAGAAUUCUGGAAGUCAGUUAAGACAAAUAUGCCAGGUAUAUAUGUAGAUUGAAUAUCAUUAAGCAAUGUAGCUUAGAAAUAUAUAACAUUGGCAUCAGAUGAUGAUAUUGCAACUAUAUGCAAAAUCCUAAUGAAUAAUUGUGUUCCACCAAUGUUGCUAAUAUUAAUCAAUAAUUAAUUUGGAAAUUAUGUGAUGUAACAUUUUUAUUCGAAAUGCAAUGAAAAAUAAAAAGAAUUAAUUCAAAUCUAAAUUAAUAAAUAUGAAGAACAUUAAUUCACAUAAUUUGGUAUAUUAUUCAAUAACCAUAUUCUAGGUCGACACUUUUUAUAAUUUUUGGCUAGGUGUCAAUCUUGUUGA